AUGGAGGCCGUCGGGUCCCUCCUAGGUAAAGGGCAGGUGUGGUUUUGCGGCCUCUGUCAGUACGUUAAUCUCGUUGGGACUGCAAUCGGGUACACCAUUACAGCAUCCAUCAGUGCAGCGGCUCUGUACAAGGCCAACUGCUUCCACAGCAAAGGCCACUCGGCCGACUGCGGCGUGUACACCACCAUGUACAUGGUCGUGUUUGGGAUCUCCCAGAUCGUCUUCUCCCAGCUCCCCAAUCUCCACGAGAUGGCCUGGCUGUCGAUUCUCGCCGCCGUCAUGUCCUUCUCCUACGCCACCAUCGGCGUGGGCCUCUCCUUGGCACAGACCAUAACAGGUCCUACGGGCAAGACAACCAUUGGCGGCACUCAAAUUGGGGUGGACGUCACUUCGGCCCAGAAGAUAUGGCUGACAUUGCAAGCGCUCGGCAACAUCGCCUUCGCCUACUCAUACUCCAUGGUGUACUGCCAGCCCAUCUACGCCGCCGUGGAGAGCUGGGCGGCGGGGCGGUGGCCCAACUCGGAGUUCGUCGUCCGGCAGUACUACCCCUUCUCGGGCAAGUUCAGCCUCAACAUGUUCAGGCUAGUGUGGAGGACGGCGUUCGUGAUCGUGAGCACGGUGCUGGCCAUCUCGCUGCCAUUCUUCAACGACAUCCUCGGCCUGCUCGGCGCGCUCGGCUUCUGGCCGCUCACCGUCUACUUCCCCGUGGAGAUGUACAUCUCGCAGAGCAAGAUGAAGAAGUACUCCAGGAAGUGGGUGGCGCUGCAGACCCUGAGCUUCGCGUGCUUCGUGGUCACCGUCGCCGUCACCGUCGCCUCCAUCCAGGGGAUCACCCAGUCGCUCAAGAACUAUGUGCCGUUCAAGACCAAGUUGUGA